AUGACGGAGAAUCGCCUGCGUAUCCUUACUUUGAAUUGCUGGGGCCUGAAGUAUGUCUCCAAGUUCAGGUCAGAGCGCAUGUCCGCAAUUGCGCAUGCCCUCGCCUCCUCCGACUACGAUGUAAUAACCCUGCAAGAAGUAUGGGUUUACGGAGAUUUUGAGAUGAUUCGAACGGCAGUUUCCAACCAGAUGCCUUACUCCAAGUUCUUCUACAGCGGUGCGCUCGGAGCAGGGCUAGCUAUUCUCUCCCGGUUUCCUAUCAUUGGUGCAACCAUCAACCCGUAUUCCCUGAACGGCUCGCCCAUCGAGGUGAUACAAGGAGACUGGUUCGUAGGGAAAGCCGCUGCAAGUGUGCUCAUAGCGCACCCAAUUCUCGGCCAGCUCCAAGUUUUCAAUACACAUCUCUUCGCCCCCGGUGGCGACUCAGGUCCUCUCCACCUGCAGGCACACCGCCUAGUCAAUGCCUGGGAACUGGCCAAGCUUGCGCGCCAGGCGGCCGAGGUGGGACGCUAUGUCAUAGCUGCGGGCGACUUCAAUAGUUCUCCAGCAUCGCUCCCCAUGAAUCUCAUCCAAGACCACGCCUCGCUCAGAGAUGCGUGGGUAGAGUCUCAUCCGAACAGCCCGGCCGUACCAAACGGGGUCCCGUCUCCUUCGGACGCAGUGAGAAUAUUUGGUAUAACGGCCGACUCGCCUCUGAACUCGUUCUCCGCUGGGAAACGCCUGGAACCCAUCGCACGGAAGUUCCAGGGCAAGCGACUAGACUACGUCUUCUUUCGCCAACCAAGCAGCCCUCCAGCGAGUGCAAAGACGCCUAUCCUCAGAGUCAAGGACACGAGGGUCGUCUUCACCGAGCGGAUCCCUAGCACGAACUUCUCUUUCUCAGAUCACUUUGGGUUGGAAGCGACCUUCGAGAUCAGCCACCCAGAUGGCGGAGACCUGGCAGACCCGUCGGAGACCCACAUUCCAGCACCCGUGGAACCCCCAGGCCCGAACUUCGUUCUCACGACAGUGCCGAACCCCGCGCCCGCACCCCCACGCAAACUCUCACCCGACUCCAUCACUGAGAUUCUUCAGUCACUCACGGCGUGCUAUCGCUACUCGCAGUACCGAGCAAGCUCCCAGCUGACGGUCUUCGUCGUGUGCGUCCUGCUUCUCCUGGUGAUCCUUGUAGGCUCUGCGUGGCUCCCCACAUCCUCCUUCAACCCGCUCAUCAUAUUCAUCACGGUAUUCUUGGCGUGGGCGGCGACUACCUUCCUCUACGUCGGGUUCGUCUACGGACGAUGGGAGGUGAACGCACUCACCAAUGUCAUCGAGGAGCUGGAGAUUUACCGGGACAGUCUCCUCGAGCACCAGGGUCGUUAG